AUGACCAAUGUCACCAAACUCUCUCCACUUAAUUAUCUCAUGUGGAAGCUUCAGGUUCACGCUCUGGUGGAUGGGUAUGGUCUUGCCGGUUACCUUGAUGGUUCUGGUCAGAUCCCUUCCGCCACUGUUACCACCGAAGGUGUCGUUUCUGAAAAUCCAGACUAUGUCAACUGGAAACGUCAGGAUAAACUGAUUUAUAGUGCUCUCUUGGGCUCUAUAUCUCUUGCAGUGCAACCAAUCCUCUCUCGCACCACCACCUCCUGCGAGAUUUGGAGCACUCUUGCCGGCACAUACGGCAAACCCAGUCGUGGCCAUGUUCAACAGAUCCGAGAUCAGUUGAAGGCAUGGACCAAAGGUAAUCGUACUAUUGACGAGUACCUUCAGGGGCUUACUACACGGUUCGAUAUUUUGGCUAAUCUUGGCAAACCAAUGGACCAUGAUGAACAAAUUGAGCUGAUUCUUGAGGGUCUUCCUGAAGAAUAUCGUCCCAUUAUUGAUCAAGUUGAGGGAAGAGAUACUUCUCCCACCAUCGCUUAUGUUCAUGAGAGGCUAUUGAAUCGGGAGGCGAAGCUUCUAUCAAAGUUUGUUGUCACUUUGCUCCCCGUCACCGCAAACGUGGCUACUCAUCGCAACAAUACCAACAACAACAACAACAAUCGUGGCGGUCACUACAACAAAUCUCGCUUCAGCAACACCAGAUCACAGACUUCCUUUUCUCAACAAUCUAAUCAUCGGUCUGACAACCGUCCGUUUCGUCCUUACCUCGACAGUGGUGCUACGCAUCAUAUCACUUCCGAUUUGUGUAACCUGUCUCUACAUCAGCCCUACUCCGGUGAUGAUACCGUUAUCAUUGGUGAUGGCUCAGGUGAAGGAUCUACUCACGGGGGGCCUAUUGCUCCAAGGCAGGACUAA